AAACACAACCUACAUGUACACAGCCACAUAUCCCACAAAAUGGAGUUUCUAAUUAUUGCGAGUCUGCUGUUAUCUUACAUCCUUAUCCGAGCCACAUUCUCAGUUCUUGGUGUUGGUAGAACCAGGAACUUGCCUCCAGGCCCAACAUGGCGGCCAAUCAUCGGAAACCUCCAAUUGCUUGGAGACCAACCACACGAGUCCCUAGCCAAACUAGCCCAAAUCCAUGGCCCAAUAAUGUCCUUAAAACUUGGUCACAUCACCACAGUUGUCAUCUCCUCCCGCACUGCCGCCAAACAAGUACUCCAAAAACAAGAUAUAGCUUUUUCCGCACGCCAUGCCCCUGACGCGGUGCAUGCUUGUAACCAUGCAGGCCACUCUGUCGCAUGGCUCCCUGUUUGCACUGAGUGGCGCACCCUCAGAAGGAUCCUCAACUCCAAUAUCUUCUCCAACAAAUCCCUUGAAGCUAACCAACACUUGAGGAGCCAGAAAGUUGAAGAACUAAUAGCAUACUGCCGGAAAGCUAGUCUAUCUAAUGAUUAUGUAGACAUUGGUCGGGCUGCUUUCAGAACCUCGCUGAAUCUUUUAUCCAACACUAUUUUUUCCAAGGAUGUAAUAAACCCGUAUGAGGAUUCAGGUAAAGAGUUUAAGGACGCGAUUGGUAAAAUUAUGGAAGACGCUGCAAAGCCAAAUCUUGUGGACUUUUUUCCGGUGUUGAAGAAGAUAGAUCCUCAAGGAAUCAGAAGAAGAAUGACUUGUAAUAUGAAGAAGGUACUUGAGAUAUUUGAUGAGUUAAUAGAAGAGAGGCUGCGAACGGGAAAAUUUGAGCAAGAUGAUGUUUUGGACGUGUGUUUGAAAUUCAUUCAAGAUAACCCAAAUGAGAUCAAUCAUACACACAUAAAGAGUUUGGUUUUGGAUUUGUUUGCCGCCGGCACUGAUACAACCUCAACUACAUUAGAAUGGGCCAUGGCAGAACUACUACACAACCCACAUACAUUGACUAAAGCAAAAGAAGAGCUUGAAGAAGUUGUUGGAAAAGGUAAAAUCGUAAAAGAGGAUGAUGUCUUGAGGCUACCCUACUUAUCGUGCGUUGUGAAAGAAGCCUUAAGACUGCACCCGCCAGCCCCCUUGCUCCUACCUCGAAGAGUUGAUAAACAAGUACAACUCAAUGGAUACACCAUCCCAGAGGGUACACAAGUGCUUGUGAAUGCAUGGGCCAUAGGACGAGAUCCAACCAUAUGGGAUGACUCGCUAGAGUUCAAGCCAGAAAGGUUUUUGGAGUCUAUGCUUGAUGUUCGAGGUCAAGAUUUCGAUCUAAUCCCGUUUGGUGCUGGACGAAGAAUAUGCCCAGGUUUGCCCCUUGCAACCCGUAUGGUCCCUAUCAUGUUGGGGUCAUUACUCAAUAACUUCGACUGGAAUUUGGACCCAAAAAUUAAACACGAGACUUUGGACAUGACUGCGAAAUUUGGAAUCACCUUAACGAAGGCGAAACCCCUCUGUGUGGUUCCAGCCCUAAUUAAGUAGCAUCCACUCAUUCACAUGAUAUUUUAAGGAUCCAUCAUCAUCCUUUUAGCCUCAGUUACGUAAGAUGCUUGCUUUUUUUCUUUUUAUCAGUUACAUGUCAGUGAAAAUAAUAUUCAGGAGAGUGAUAAUGGACGUGUAUUUUCUGUUUGAAUUUGUGUGGAUGAUUAUUAUUAUUUGGAAAACUAAUUUGUUCACCGCCAGAUGUUUU